AGCGUUGGCGGCUUCAGGGAUUCACAGAGGCAUUUGCCACCAUGGCUGUCCGGCGGCACGCGCUCGCGGCCGCCUUACUGCUGAUCGCCGUCUCGCAGCAGGGGUGCGAGGACAUUUAUCGCUUGACUUGUGUGUGGCACAGCGAUCUCAACAUCAAGGGCUGCAGCUAUUACGGAUUCCGGCACUGCGUCGAGUGGUGCACCUACUGCGUGACUCCUUCGGGGCCUGAUGAGUGUAACCAGAUGAAGUGCGCCGCUUACUGCGCGGCCAAAGAGAGCGACCAGGCCUGCAUCCAGAACUUCAAGGCCUUGUGCAACAUCGCCCUGGAGGAGAACUUCUUGGUGAACAACACCCAAUUCACCCAGUACACCUGCGACGUGAACUGCAACUCCUCGGGCCGUUCGGGGCCCAAUUGGCUUCUCCUCCUGGGUCUCUUCGGAGUCUUCGGCAUGGGAAAUCUGCCAACCCCGACGCUGCCGAAGCGCGGGGGGCUGGUAGCCUUGGUGGUCGCGGGUCUUGGGGCAGCGGUGAUGCUCCAGGGCUGCAAUUGCGACCCGCUGCCGCAGAUGGACUGGCGUCCUGACGGGAACACCUUCAACGAGCGCACGGGCCGGGUGAUAGAUGGGAUCUGGCGAGGCAACCCCACCUGGUCCUGGAGUCCCGAGCUUGAAGCAGAGGACUACCAGUGUGUCACCAUGAGCAACGGGGUCUGCGUGGUGUGGACGGCCCACGAGUGGAACUGCCGGGAGCACGACUUCGGGGUCUGCAAGUGCUACGAGCUGAGCUCCUCCGGGAAGUUCUGCGCCAAGUGGAGUUGCUACAGCCUGGAGGCGGACCAGGAGAUCUGCGAGAUGCGGCACACCGACGACGGGGAGCAGGUGUCCUGCUGGUACUCGCCCUUUGACAUGAAUUGGAACUCCUACAACCAGCUGAUGGAGAGGCAGAAUUCGGGGGGCCUGACCACCGGCGAGCAGAUUUGGUGGGGCUACAACUGGUUCGUGCGGCGGCUCGCAGAGGAGUCGGCGGAAAUGGAGGAGAAGGAACUUGACCAGUACCUGGAUUACCUGCGCAAGUUCAACUCCAGCCAGAUGCACGAGGAGCUGGCACGCGCCGGUCUCCCCCAUGACGUCACCGCCCGGCAGCUGCAAGUCUACAUCUGGCCUCCUGUCUAUGCCUACAGCCCGGUGGCUCGACAUCAGUUCUUCUACUGGAACGACGUGUGCAUCGUCAACGGCGACAACCUGGUCAUCGCCCGGAGGACCUGCCCACGCUGGCGGGAGAUCGAGACGGAGGUGAGUUCCUGUUGGUGCAGGAAGGAGAGCUUCGACGCGGGGGCAUGCGCCGAGUGGCUCUGCGAGGAGCGCGACGUGGGCCUCUUCAGCGUGCUCUUCCGGACCAAGCAGUCCAUCGACCAAUGGACCGUCGGCGUGGAGUUCGAGAGUUACCAAUGCACCGGGUACACCAUCAACGGGCACUGCCAGUCCUGGCAGGGACAGAUCGAGUCCGUGGAGGAGGUGGAGUGGAGCAGGUGCACCUGCCCUCCACAGGGCUGCCAGAAUGACGGAGCGGUGUGGCUCUGCGACGAGUGGGAAUUGCCCAAGACUCGCGAUCUCUUCUUUGAGAGCCACCUGGGAGGCCUUUUCGGCUUCAUCUUUGCAGAGAUCUUCCUGUGCUGCUUCUUCGGGCGCUCGGCCGGGGACGACGAGGGGGACGCCUUGUUCGCCGCCACCUUCUGCUCUUGCCUGGGAGGCCUCUGCCUGAUGCCUUUCCUAAUCCUGACCUACGGCUUUUACGGCUUCCUCUUCGCCGGUCUGCCCUUCUGGCUGCUCCGCAUCCUCUUCAUGUGCUGCAUCGUUGCCAUGAACUUCAAGAUGCCAUCGAUGGAGCGCCCCAGCAACGCCGUGCGCCUGAAGCGGGGCGCUUCCAAGAUCAUCGGCCGCGGGCGCUCGGUGACCCCGGACGAUGUUGCGGUAAAGGACGUUGAGAUUGUUGAGAGCAACGAGACCAACAACCAGACCAACAACCAGACCAACGAGACCAUCUCCUGAGCCGAGCCUCUGGGCCUCUGUCGGUGUUUGAGGUGAAGCCACGUGACGCCACAAAAACGCCUUUCGGAUAGAAGCCUCUUCGACUCUACUGCAAUGGGGUUGGACCCCUCAUAUUUCCUUUUAACCUGCAAGAGUUAAACUUUUGCUGGGGGAGCUACAGCACCCAAGUCAACUCGUACUCCAUGAGAGGAGCCUGCAAUCUCAAGAGCGUCCUGAAAAAGCCAGGUGCUUGAUGCUGUCAGAAGAUGGCGACAGUCGCAAGGUCUCCGCUGCCUAGCAUUUUUCAACACAUGAAAUGACGUUCGUGGACCGAAACGGGCAAUGCUCAGUGCCAACCUCUGAGAUGGUACACCCCCCC